GGAUAAAUGCUCGUGAUUCUGCGGUUUGUUUUUUGUUGGCUUUGGAGAGGAUAUGGACUGAAAAAAAAUGCACAACCUGGAAGUUGAGAAUUAUGUUUUAUUCAGCGCACUUGCUGAGGACUUGAGCCCGGGAGACAGCCUCUCAGAUAUCUCCGACGGACUGUUCUGAAGAGUCAGAUGACCAAGGCAAGGAAAUGGAAUAGGACCAGGGUGCCAGGUGAAGACUUCAUCUCAAGAACAAUGAAGCUUCCUUAGUCUUAAACAGAAAAAGAGAAUAAAUAGAUCUGGAGAUCAGAAAACAGAAAUGGUGAUCAAGCCUAAAAAGUUGAUGCUAAACAUCCUGAGGAGUUUCUCUGACAGAUUCGAUAAAAUGCCUCUCACCUCAUCAUGGAUCAAAGUGAUUUUCAUCAUCUUGGCCAUUACUCUUUAUUCUGAAACUGCUCUUACAAAAACAUCAAGUUACAAGCAUUGGGUAGAAUGUGGUCCAUACAGUGGUGUGAAAACAUGCACAAAAGAAUAUCAUCCAGUCUUUGCAACCAAUGGCCACACUUACUGCAAUAACUGUGUUUUUUUUGCGGUUCACUCAAAAAAAGUGGUGGCAAAUUUGCUAUUGCUCAUUAUAGUGAAUGCUGACUUUUUCCUGGAGCAACACAUUCCUACAACUUCUACUGUGAUCCCAUUUUGCAGUGGAUUCUACAGACAAUUAGAGUUGCAGAGUCGGGGUCUUCCAUUCUUAGAGGACCAGGUAGGUCAGGUGGGGAUGCUGUGGAGGUAGCCCUGGUGUGUCACAUUGCUGUGAGGACUGCUGCAGACUUGAUAAGAUGUCUCUCUUCUCAUCAUGGAUCAAAGUUAUUUUCAUUAUUGGCUUGGCAUGUCCUCUUUAUUUUGGUGAGUAAAAUUUUCAGACCUGGAUGAAGCAACUAACAUAUUUUAGGAAAUGUAGGAAACAACUGCUAUUACCUAGGAAUGAAGGAGAUUGCUGUUGGGUAUGUAAUACUUAAACGGGCAAAAUGAAAUGUUACAAAUACCUAUUUAAAAAUUACAUCAGUAGAUUGCUUUUUCUCAUUUCCCCCCUUAGAAAGGUAGAGACAGAGGGGGUUAGAAUGAGCAGUAAAAUUUAGUUUUCUGUUUAUUUAUGAUUAAAGAUAUUUACCUGAUUUUUUCCCCCUUUUUGGAGGUCAGAUUUCAUUGUUGCUAAAUGCAGAGUGUGAGCAGUAAAAAAGUCCUCUAGAUCUGGUAUCCUUGACAAUCCUAUUUGUUGUUUGCUGGCUCUGAGUCCACUAAAGUCAAGGCUUUGUGUAAGGAGAGAAGUAAUUGAUCCCUCUGCUGAAAACUUAUCUUUCUUAAAGCACAAGAUGGCCCAUGAAUUUCAGAGUAAAGUAGCUGUGAGAUAUUAACAAGAUCCAUGAUACUCGAGUUGAAUACUAAGUAGUAAUUAACUUCUUCAUAUUAAGUGGCCUUAAGCAAGGCAUUGUCUUCUCUGACUAGGAUGUCUCUAUUUAUAAAAAUGAAAAAAAGUGGUAUCUCCACAGCAGGGUUUGGUGAUUAUUAAGCCAUACUUAUUUUUCAGAGUGAGAUGAAUUUAGAAUUCUAUUUCCAGAUUUGAAGUUAUUUUGUGAGAUGAUUAUUUUGAUACUACCACAAAAGCCUCACCUCAUUACUUGCUGUGUUUGAGUAGGUGAUUUGCAUAGAUGUGGGUACUUCCCACCAGAAACAUUGUUUUCCCCUGUUCAUCUUCUUCUUUUCAAUUUACCUUUUGUGUGAUGGUUGCAGAAACUGCUUUUGUACCCUUAAGAGAGACACGUGAAACUGUAAGUUCAUACUGAUUAAUGUGGGAAUUGAAAAAGGUAAACUUUUAAUUUUUUUUAUAUUUUAAGUUUUAACAGCAAAUUUUAUCAAAAAUAUCUAUAACAGAAUAGUCCUUCAAAAAGUAAGAUGAAGUGUCAUUCUUACACUAAGUUCAAGAAAUAGAAUCUUGCCAGCUAUAUAAAACCAUCCGUCAUUUCAGACAAGGUAAAAAUAUCCCAUUAUUCACAGUUUUAUUAUUGAGCAUAAACCUUGUUAUAUACAGGCAUCAAAAAACAGUGUUUAAAGUGGAAUUGUUCACCCUA